AUGGGGAAAAGAAACCCUGAGCAAUGUCCGAGUGUUGUGUCACUAUUGGCUGAGAGUUACAACCCCCAUGUGAGGUACGGAGCAGCUAUGGCACUGGGGAUAGCCUGCGCCGGCACUGGUCUUAAGGAAGCCAUCGCUCUGCUGGAUCCGAUGACCAAUGAUCCUGUUAAUUUUGUACGUCAGGGAGCUCUGAUCGCCUCCGCUAUGAUCCUCAUUCAACACACAGAGCAAACAUGCCCCAAGGUGAAGGACUUCCGUGCACUAUACGCUAAAGUGAUUGUAGACAAACAUGAAGAUGUGAUGGCCAAAUUUGGAGCUAUACUCGCCCAGGGAAUUAUUGACGCUGGUGGUCGCAACGUAACUCUCACCCUCCAGUCUCGCACAGGCCACACCAACAUGUUGGCUGUGGUAGGUGUGCUGGUCGCCACUCAGUACUGGUACUGGUUCCCCCUGGCUCACUGUCUGGCUCUAGCUUUCACUCCAACCUGUCUCAUCACUCUCAACUCUCAACUCAAGAUGCCCAAGCUGGAGGUUCGUAGCAACGCCCGUCCCUCUGUGUACGCAUACCCUCCACCCCUGGAGGAGAAGCGGCGCGAGGAGAGAGAGAAAGUGACCACCGCAGUACUCAGCAUCGCCGCCCGGGCCAGGCGCCGCGGCACAUCCAAGGCUUCAGCCGACAGCGUACCAGACAAGAUGGAAGUGGAUGAAGUAAAGGAAGAAGAGAAGGAAAAGGAAAAGAAGGAGAAGGAGGAAAAAGAGAAAAAAGAAGAGAAGAAACCAGAGCCGAACUUUGAGAUCCUCCACAACCCAGCACGAGUGAUGAAAGCUCAGUUAAAGGUGAUCUCCCUGGUGGAAGGAAGCCCUUACCAACCUCUCAAAGACGUCACCAUUGGAGGCAUCGUGAUGGUCAGACAUACUAAAGGUGGCAGUGAGGAACAGCUUGUCGAGCCUGUGGCAGCCUUUGGACCGAAACCAGAUGAAGAGAAGGAGCCUGAGCCCCCAGAACCAUUUGAAUAUUCUGAAGAUUAAGAAGUCACAGCAUCACUGACUACUGAUCAAUGACACACACCCCUGCUUCUUAUGCUUAGAUCCCCACAAUUAAUUUUUGUAGUUUGUCACUAAUUUAAGUUAAAUAUAUCAAUGUCAUUCCGGCUA